AUGGUAAAGACACGAAAUUUUGUGGAGGGAGAUAGUAGCUUAGCAACAAAAGCUGUUUGGGACGAUGAGUUGACGUUGAUAUUUUGUGAACUUUGCGUGAAUGAAGUCAAUGCUAGCAAUAGACCAACAACUCAUCUAAACUCAAAGGGAUGGGAAAAUGAAUGGAGGUUAUGGAGGGAGUUGCUUAAGGAAUCUACAGGUAUUGGAUGGUGUUCAUUUAAAAAGACGGUCGAUGCUACCGAAGAGUGGUGGGCUGAAAAAAUACAGGAAAAUCCUAAUUUUAAAGGAUUUAAGAAGAAAGGAAUUAAACCACGAUUGAAUGAGUUAAUGUGGCAAAUGUUUAGUGGCAUUGUAGCCACUGGAGAGAACGCAUGGGCACCUUCGUCUGGUGUUCUUCCACGUGGGGUUCCUAUGGGAGAUGAUGCACCUAAUGAGGGAUUUGGUGAUUCAGAUGAACAUAGUAACGAGAAUGAAGGUAUUCCUCCUAAUGAGGUACCAUCUAACCCUUCUCAUGAAAUCUCUAAUCGAAGAAAGCAAACACUUGGGGUUGUACACGAUGCUUUGCGUGCUUUGGGAGAUGAAAUUCCAAAAAGAGAUGAACUGUACUAUUUUGCCACCAAAAUGUUCCAAAUACCGGUGAAACGAGAAAUGUUUUUGAACUUAUAUCCAGAUGAUAGGGUUUGGUGGCUUCAACAUGAGUAUGCUGAACAAAAUCCAAUUGCAUCAUUUUCAUCCUUGGUAGCAACAUCCUCAUUUCCCUUCCAACCAUACCAUCAACCACCUCCACCAUCAGCUCCUUAG